GACAUAUACUAACUGACAGAGAGAAUUUUGCACACACAGCCUCGCUACCAAUUCAUUUGGGAUGACUGUGAUACCGUCGAGGCUUAUUAAAUCUAGACAUUUACUGGGGAACUGACAGAUAUUUUUGUUGAGGAUCCCUGCAAUACAGGGACAUAUCCUACCUUACGGCACCAGGUCCUUACCUGCCGUGGGGCUUUGCUGCCCAUGGAUCUAACAACCCCCCCCUCCCCACGACAUUUCCUCUCUUCCCCACCACCUACUUUGACCCGAAUGCCAUAAAGUCAUAAGGGUUAUGGAAGAUUCACGAGUCUCCUCAGCAAAGAACAGUCGCAGAAGAAGGUGGGAAGUCAAAACUAAAGAAUCUUUCGAGACAUCACUGGCCAUAGAAAUUGAAGACUCGCCUGCUAAGAGAGAAACUGCAGUUAAAUUCCAAGAAAAAGACAGUACAAUACAUUCUGAAGAUGAUACCAUGCCGAAAGAGAAAACUUCAAAAACUUCAGAAGAUUAUGGUAAAGAGUCUGCAAAGGCAGAAAAACAUCCAAAGAAAACUUCAUUAUCAAAGCCUUCUUCAGCAACAUCAAAAGGUACAAAGCCUGCAAAAGCUAAACCUUCUGCCACAGCUAAACCUUCGUCUGCCACGGCUAAACCUUCUUCUGCGAAGUCAAAGCCUUCUUCAGCAAAAUCGAAGCCUUCUUCAGCAAAAUCUAAGCCUUCAUCUGCUAAAUCUGUUACUGGCUCUGGCUCAAAAGCUACAAAAACUGAAAAGCCUUCAGAGAAUAAUGCUGAAACUGAUCUCCUUUCAGCUAAGCUUGGAGCUUUAAUUGAUGAAGCUAGCGUUAAAAGUAAAGAUUCCCAGAGACGGUCAGCUAAGGAAAAAGGAAAAAUUCACAGUGAAAGAGAUGAUGUCUCAGGUUAUGAUUCAAAUUACAGCCCUGUAUCUCACACUCCAGAAAGCAGUCCACCCCUUCACAGUCCAGAAGACAGUCCACCCCUUCACAGUCCAGAUGACAGCUCACCCCUUCAGAGUCUGGAAGACAGCAGUCCACCCCUUCACAGCCUAGAAAAUAAUCCUUCUGCUCACAUUGCUGAAGGUAACCUAGACUACACCUCCAAAGGUGUUCUCCCUUUGGAUCCAUCAAAAGAUAAUUAUUUUGUCCAUGCCUCAGAUGAUGCUCUUACAGUUGCCGGAAAGAAUGAUGGGCCUGUAGUUGAAGUGAGGAAAGUACAGGAAAGUGUUGCAUAUGCUGAUGAGCCACCAAAAUACACAGAGAAAGACAAUGCAAUGUACCUAAAUGACUCUAGCCCAGAGCCUUCAGCUCCCCCUUUGUCCUCUAUAUCACCUAGUCCAGAAUGGAUUCCAAAAAGAAAGAAAACAAAGAGUAAAAAGAGUGAAUCUCAGAUGUUAUUGUUGAAUACCGCCAAUGAAGAAUCUUUCAUCAGCCUUCAACUGAAGGAACUCAAAGAUGAUGUCGUAGACAUAACUCAGGAUCCAAGAAUAGUUGCAUCACCAGGACUUCUUCGCACUGCAUCACUUCCAACAGUUCAUGGAAAUAUUAAUGCUGUAUUUGAAGAAAGAAUUGGUGGGUUUGUAAUGACUAGACAAGGAGAUGAUGGGUCUCCAAAAAAGAGUGAAAGACUUCAAGAUGCCACUCAAGUAAAAACUAGGACCUCCUAUGCAGUGUUUCUUCAAAGUGGCUUCAGAACUUUCUCAGUUUUUUGCCAGGGUCUCUUAGCAGGUCUAACACUAGCACAUUGUCUUUUGAUUUUUCUGCUUGAGACAGACCCUGCAAAGCUGCCAUCUAUGUACAAUUCGAGAAUGGCACACAUAUUCUAUGCUCUAAUCAUUUUCCUUACAACUAUCUGCUUUACAUCAGCUUGUGACAGAUGUGAUCUGAGUGGUAUUGGAGUUCUGUCGGGACACGGCCUCAAAAUUCCGUGGACACCAGCAUUUUACCUCUCAUCCCUGGCGCUUUCAUUGGUAGCCAUACGAACAGAGGAUGUUUUAGCAUAUGGUACUUUGUAUGAGGGAAUAUUACAUCAAAGCAAGGUGGAUGAAUUAGUGAGCUGGUGGCGAUGGAUCUGUGUUGCACGUUCAUCAACAGCGUUGCUUGCCUGGCUUGCAGUGGUUCCAGACCCCCACACCGAUGCGCUGCUUGAUUCUAUACAAGAACUGGACAGAAAAUAAUAAUUAUCUCUAUUACCUUUGCAUUUUGCCAUGUGCCACUUACAAUUAGGAAAAUAACAUUUGACAUUUUACUCAAGAUGUAUGAUAAUAGUCACAUUAUGUGCUUUAUUGAAAGAGCAUUUAAUGGCUAAACAUUUCAUUUACGGUACUUGAAAUGUUUAGCUGUGAGUCUCACGGGUAUAUAUAUGUACACAGUGGAGCUCCACUCAUGUUCACUUGGUAACUCUUUCUCUGUAAAAACAGGUUAUGUAAUAAUGUUUUUUUGAGGAAAUAUUGAAUAUUACAAAGUUUUAUUCAGAAUAAUUUACAUGUGGACGUAUACUGCUACUGCAUACCUGUUUUUAGAAAAUGUGUUUGGCAUGUGAUGUGAACUGGGGCAGGUACAAAAAUUUGUAUGAUAAUUUUUCACUUUUAAAUGUUUAAGACAAAGGAAGUUCCUUUGAGAUGUUCUUUGUAUUCUUUCCUGCUAAAACCUAAUUUUUGGGUACCAUUUCCUGCUAAAACCUAAUUUUUGGGUACCAACUAGUACGGUAAUAAAUCCUAUAUUAUAAUCUGAUUACAUUUCGGCAAUUUGUACACAAUUGCUGCAAACACUGACCCAUGUAGACCUAGUCUUUGUUGUGAUUUUGCUUACUAACAGCUCACGUUCUAGUCAUUCUUACAUCAAACAGGCAUUUCAAAUGAGUGGUGCUAUUUAUGCAAUAUUACAUUAUUAACAAAAAUUAAAGAAAAUAGUAUUCUAUAUAGCAGGCAUAUCUUUAUCAAGACUUUUUUUUCCAAGUUCAUGAAUUUAAACAUUAUUUUUAUGUUGUUCUGAAGACUCCUCUGUAUUAUUGACAAGAAAUGCUGGCAGUUGAAAUGUUAUUACUCCUGGUAGGGCUGCUAUGGCUUUUGCCCUUGUUUUCCUAUAGUAUAUUAAUAGACUUGCACGAAAUGUAGAAUGGAAUUCAAGAAACUUUACCAGGUCAUCUACAGAAUCACAGCCAGUGGCUCUCCCAUAGCUAACUUACCCAGAACUUUAAGAAAAAUCUUCUGCAAGUUUUGAAUAAAGAUUAAUAGCUAAUUAUCACGAUGCUGGGCCUUUGACCUGCUACCCACCUAUUAAUGGUGAAUAUACUCAUUCUUGUAUCAGGCAUAUAUGAUGCUAAAUUUGUUUGUGCCCAUUUCACAAUGCAUUAGCAUAUAUGUAGUCUAAUGAGCUCGGUGAAUUUACACAAAGCAUCUUUCAGCAUUUGUAUAAAUUUGUACACAUGCUGGAAAAUGCUUUGUAAAGGUCUUGCAUCUGAUGACUAUCCAAAAUGCAUUGCAGAGGAUAUAAUAAGUGGUGAAUACUAGUAUUAUGAUGUAGGUAGUUACAUAUAUAGUAUAUAAUGACAUAUAAAACAGUAUUUUGCAAUAAAAUAUAUUAAAAGUGGUGUACCAUGGUAUUUAAGACUGUAUUUAUAGCAUAUCCGUAUGUAAAUGUGUGUAUUGACAUGUUUGUUCACAAAUAUGUAUAAAUUAGCAGAGUAAGGGCAAAAUGAUGCAUAACACAAUCAUUGAUCAAUGCUGGAGAAAAGUGUUACUGAACUAGUAUAUUUCACUUGAGUAGCUCAACAGACUGGUGUAAAGUGUUUAGACAGUAGAAGACACUAUGAAGUGAAAGUGUUGAAGCAGCAGCAGACACUUAGUAGGUUUGAUGCUUUGUUGGUUCACAACUUUAUGUUCCUCUUUCUGUUGCAUGUUUUUGUACGUAAUCCACAUCGUAAGAAUGUGGAUGAAAUUCAAGUGGAUAUACAUACGUAAUUCAUUCCUGAAAACUAUCCGUCCUUCUCUGCAGGUACCCAUUGACAGUUUUACUGUGAAUUGUGUCUUUUCUUUAAGCUGUAUGAUAGCAUCGAGGGUAUUUAGAAAUAAACACCGGUACAAUGUACUGUGCCAUAGCAAGCAUCAUGUAAUGGGUGUGUAUUGCACUGACACUAAGCAGAUGCAAUAAAUUGUUCUGUGAUAGCUAAUGGAUAUGGGGGAUUAUCGUUUCCAGGUAAAUUAUGUACAUAUAAUUAAUUCUAGUCAGGUAUUAUUUUCUAAGAAAUGAGUAUUGAAAAGCCAAAAUAAUCGUGUACAGUACUAUAAUUCCUGGUAUGUAGGGCCUACAGUGGGUCCCCAUUCACCGACAGACUAAGCCUAACACUGACCUUCACCACGUAAGUACACAUGAGCUUACUUGAUCAUACUUUGGGGGGAAAAGUUCACUCAUAUACCAGCAAAUACAGUAUUUGUUUACCACAAUAUGUAAGUUCAUAUGUAUAUGUAGUCCUUUCAUACAGAAAAGUGUAUGUCAUCUGUUUAAAGUGUAAUUAUCUUUUUAUGGUUUUACAUCCCAAAGAAUAUUUGUAAUGAACUUUUAAAUAGGCAGUCCCUGCAAACUGUAUGUGUGUUAUUUCAGUUAUUUCAUUUGUAUUUGUAGUUUACAUAAGGUUGAAUUACUUUGCAGUUUUCAAGUUUACAGUACUGUACUGUAUUUACAAAUUGUUAAGUAUGAUUUCAGCAGAAACCACAGCAAUUAACAAGUUAUAAAUUUAUUCAUGUGGUUCGAAGCUUUAUUAAUUUUAUGGAAUUAUUCAAGUUUAUUCUUCAGAUUCUUAAUUCAUCAUUUACUGCAUUUUUAGAAAAUUGACUGUUUAACUCUUAUGCAUCCUAAAAUUCUUGGAUUUCUUACAUAAUUCCAUUUUGGCAUACAAAGAGAGUGUAUACCAUUAUGUAAAGUAUGCAGGGCUACUGCUAUUCUAAAUAACUUCCUAAUUUAUUGACAAUCAAGACAAAAUAUGUUUAGUCAUUUUUAUAUUUCUUUAUUUCCUCACCUUCAGAUUCCAAUGAUGUCUAUGAAUGAAAGCAUAAAAUAUAUUUUUAUAAGGAGCACAAGUUUUAUGAUGGUAUUUUUUGAAAGCACAGAUAGUGUAUGAUAACCUAGAAAUGUGUGUGCAAACAGUGUAAUAGCAACUAGUGACCAAAGUAUUCUUAGCAUACAGUAUAUAACUUUUGCUUCAACUUUUACAUUAUGUGGGUACAUUGCAUGAACGGCUUGAGUGGAGUUGCUAUUUUGUGAUAUUUUGCCUUCCAUCUUAGGUUCAAAACACUGUGCCUUUUUAUAAUGCUUGCAAGCAGGACUUCAAUGAAGCAAUGGAAAUGUUUGCAAGCAACUGAAACCAGACUGUAACACUUGCACUGUAAUACAGUACAAUGUAUUUACAAGGAA